AUGUCUACCGUACGGCUCGUUGCUAAGAUUGCUAUGGCAGCUCAGAGACUUCAUGCAAAGGCCAAGCCAUGGGAGGGUGAGUGCAAGCAGAGAUCCAUCAAGCACGGGCACGUUUCUCACAUUCGUAUCCCUUUUAUCACUCACCGAGAGAGCGCCCAUAUAAUUGCACAGCUUGAGGGCGUAUCAGACCACAAUGUACCGGAUGGACUUGCUCAGAUACUCCCCCCGCUGAAUGCAUUGGACUCUACGGGCAAAUUCAAGAUGCUUUGA